CAGAACCAGACGAGCGAGACGAGGCUCUGAUUUAAACACAUUCGCUCACUGUACAGACACACAACUGCGAUGACACUCGAUUUGUUCGCUUAACUUCCUCUGCUCAGCUGUUUCACGAUGUUUGAGUGUAUCAUGUGAAAGCGGUCAGUUGGGUACGUGGAAAUGCUUAGACCAUUUCGCACGACCCCUGACCUUUACUGCUCGACCCCUUCACGAGACGCCGAGCCCUGGAUGCUGUAAGCAUGGACGUUCACAUGCACAACAGCCGGACGCUUCACUAUGGCCUGAACGACUGUCCUGAUGAUGAUCUGCAAUUCCUCAGUCUGGAGGAGCGGGAGUGUAUUUUGUUCUUUGAGGAGACCAUCGGCUCCCUGGAGGAGGACAAUGAGAGGACAGGAAUAUCCGCACGUGACCACAGGCUUGCGGUGGAGCGUCCGGCCUCAUACACUACAGCUCGACAUCCCAGCCCUGUAGAUCAUGACAUUAUUGACCUGGUGCACCCGACACCUGACCUCAGCAAACAGAAAGACACGCUUCCCGUCAUGCCAGAUUUCCAGGAGCUGAUUGUACCUCCGGAGACCCAUUUUGAAGUGAAGUCGACACGUGACCUGGACGUCCCAGAUGGGCCGCAAGAGGAAUUUGGACACCAGCCGCCCGCAGGUUCAGUUCCCACCCCGGUAGUAAUCGCCAGCAAGAUCGCAGAGCAUCAGGACACGGGCAGCACGUCUGCGUCGCAGCUGCUCCAGCGAAGACGGAGUCUAGAGUCGCCGACGAACCCCUCGGCCAAACUCGGCCCUCCGACUCACGCCAAGCCCACACGUCUUCCCGAUAACAUCAACGUGUUUCGGGGCAGCCGCGAACACAUUCCCCACUCCAUCGCCACCGAAGCCGCCAGCGUGCAGGAGCGCCGGGCGCAGAUGCUCGCUAACCUCACCGGUCCGGCGCAUCCUUUGGAUGGCGGAGAACCGGCCUGCGUGCGCAACCUUCCCAUGCGGAGCAUUUCGUUUCGAGAUCUGACGCCAGAUAAGUCUAGGAUGGAGGCGCUUUCGAAGCUCGGACUUGUUCAGAGGCGAACGCAAUCCGUCAUGCAUUCAUCUCAGAGGGAUUCGGAAAGCGUCACGACCGCCAGCACUUUCAACAUUACCAAUACAGCUAACACUAAUGCCGACUUCCAAGCGAUAGACACUACAGACCACUGCCAAGCCAAAUCUACCCCCGCACCAACUUUGACGAGUGCCGAAGUCACGCACAGUGAUUUUAACAGCUACGGCGGUAAGAGCAUCACGGUAAACCCCACAGCGUCCUUCAGGGGCGAGUACCUCUCAUCUUCGGCGGCCAAGACAGAGUCGUCCGAGGUCCAUCUCAACAACUUCGGCGGCAGAUCGAGAGUCAUGACUCCAUCCCAGUCAAACCACGGAGCCCGAACCAUGACCAUCAUCCCGGUAAAAGAGGAAAACGCAAGCUCAAACAGAACUUCAAAUGAAGACUUGCCCAAGAGGAAAGUGUCAUAUUCCGAAGCACCCGUGAAGCAGCCGCCAUCUACGGCUCCAAAACCGCAGCGCUACCAAAGUCCGCUGAGUCCCACCGGGUCGCGCCCUGCUCCGCUGUCCCCGGAGUUACGCCGCAAAUCUUUGCCAAAGCUGUCCUUCCGCACUCAGGGAGUAACGGUACAGUUUUCUGGGAGGGGAGCUACAGAUGAGGCCCGACGUGAUGCACUACGCAAGCUAGGACUGCUUAGGGACACGUCUUAAAUGUUGAAAAACCCUAGCUAAUAAUGUGUACACUCUAGUACAGAAACAACUGAUAAGCUAUCAUUUAACCAGUGCCGGGUAGAUUACAAGAAAACUUGUAGUUAGUAAUGUGAUCUAACAGAUUACACAUUUUAUGUAAUGUAAUCGGACUACUCUUUGAUUACUUUUUAGAUAACUAGUUGACCUAACGUUUUGAGUAGGAUCACUUUGUACCAUAUUGUUAUAAAAAUACAAAGAGAAAAGUAAAAUAGAAUAAAUUUCAUGAAGACAACAUAAAUCGCAUUAGGGUUUGUAAAGGAACUAUAGUGAGUUUGUAAGGUCAUGAGAAAUUAAUAAUAAUACUUAAAAUUGACAUAAAUCAAUAGUUUUACUAAAUGAAAACAUUUAACUAGCUACAUUCCAUGUGGCCAUUAACCAACAUUAUUGACUUAAUUCUUAACUAAAUACUAAAAAUCUCAGGUGGACUUUGAAUAAUUAAGUCAAAAAGGUUUGGCUAACAAAAAAGCAUCACAUGGCAUAAAAUUGAGUGCAUUAAAGACAAAAGCUUUGAAAAAACACUCUUUAAAAGUGUAAUAAUGUUUGUACAUAGUGGAUUUAUUAGGGAGAAUUAAUAAAUUAUCAAUAGUUUACUGACAUUUUGUGAAUAAUAUGUAAUCUAUAUUAAAGUAACUGUAGUCUAAUUAUGAGUAUUUCAAAACAAUAUAAUCUAAUUACAAGUCUUUCAUUUUUAAUACCGAUUUAAUCAGUGAUUUCAACCCAGCACUGAUUUCAACUAAUCAUGUGUAUGCACAAAGACUAUUGGCAUUACCUUAUUUGUAAGAUUUCCAGAAGUUCAGAAGGUCAAAGCAGGAUUUCUGAUCGUCUGCUGGGCAGCUGGACAAGAACGGUCACCAAACUUGAUCCCCGAGGGUCCUGCAGAGUUUAGAUCCAACUUGCCUCAACACACCUGUGUGGAAGUUCCUACUAUACCUAGUUAGACCUUGAUUAGCUGGUUCAGGUGUGUUUAAUUAAGGUUGGAGCUAAACUCUGCAGGAAGCCCGCCCUCCAGGACUGAGUCUGGUGACCCCUGGUUUAGACGUUUUAGAGCAAAAUAAUCUAAUAUUUAAAGAACCUAAGUAGUUCUCUGAAAACAUUUACAUUUAUUUUUAAACAUAGUUGCCUCAUGGUCACAUGGUUCCAGAACUGAGCCAAUCACUUGAGUCUUAAUUGUCAUGUGACUGAUGACACACUGAGUGAUGAGUCGCUGCAGUUAUGCUUCUAAUUCCUACAUUUUUGUUCUUUAGUAAUACGAAAAGCAAAAUUCAAAAACGAAUUACAUAAACUAUUUUUUUUGGGAUAUUUCCUGUUUUAUGUUGACUGUUUCACUUGUAUUUCUUUCUCUUCCGUUUUUACUUUCACUUUCACUUCUUUUUUUUACUUUCACUUGUUUUAGUAUCUUCUGCUCUUUUUAAUAAUUGUGUCUGGUAUGUUAUAUCUGAAGAACCCAGACUGUACGCAAGAAAUACCUCAAGGGUCUUCCUACAGAAAUAUCUUAUAUGUCAUCUUUCAUGUUUAUUUCAGUAGGUUGUUUGUAUGCUAAUGUUCUACUUUUAUUCUCUAAAUGUUGAAUGGUGGAUUUGGACUUUGGUUGUUAGGUGGAGAUGUUUCCCUUCUUUCUCUCCCUGCAUGCCACAGCCUUCAAACGUGCAGAAGGUCUUGUAAAUGUAGGUUUAGUUCCUCCCACACUAAACCACAGCCAUCCAAAUCUAGAUCUGGAACCUUCUGUUAGAUUCGCCACCAAUCACAUGCUGUUGUUUUGUACCUGUGGUGUGUGUAAUGUGGAGUCCAGUGUGAUUGAGCAUGAGUGUGUGAAUUUAUGUAUGAGUGUGUUUGAUUUUUUUGAUUUUUUAAUCUUGCGACUCCGGUUUUUUGCUUUCAUUGAAGCAGUUAUUGAAGGACACAGAAUGCAUGAUUGUGAACAUGUGACACCACUAUAUAAACACACUUGCAUGAAACAAAACAACAGUUUAUUUCCACCUCUUUGUGUAAAUGUAUAUUUUCUUGCAUUGGUGAAGAUCUUUAAUUUUCAGUGAUUGUUUCUGAAUAAAUUCAAUGAAACCCAUCAUGGCGUCCGAAGAUGUUCAGUUGUGAAGAUGUUCCGAUGCAAAAUAGAGACUUAGAGAU